AGAAAAGCUAAAAUACAUAACAAAAGGAAAACGCCAAUGAUUGUUCGAUGAAUAGAUUUAACAAAAAUAUCUAAAAUGGGAGAAAAUAACAAGAUAUUGAAAUUUUCAAUUAUAAUUUUAUAAAUAUUGAAAAUUAUAUAUACUAUUAAAACAUAAUUGGACUGAAAAGUUGUUCUUGUAAAGUUGAGGGGCCUAUCUGAUAACUUAAGAUAGUGGGUGUCGAUUAUCAUAAAAACAGAAAACACUGUGUAAUCAUCAUCUUUCUCUUUGGACUCCUGAAAACCCAAAAAAAAGGAAGUAAAACCAUCGAAUUUUAUGCAUUCAUCAAACUAAAGUCUUUUAAAGUCCAAAUUGUUUGGCUUCCCGAUCUGGGUUCUGAAAAAGCUAAGAUUUUUUAUAGAAAUUUGUUCAUAUGCAGAUUAAUUGCAGUUUAUCGGAGCCCCAGGCUCACUCAAUCCAUCAAAAUUUGGGGCUUUUUUAUUCGUGAUUCAUCUCUUUAUGAAUUUGAUUGAUCUCUUUGUAUCCGUAUGUAUAUAUCGAGAUCAACCAUAACUAUGAGUCCAACGAGGGUUUUGCGAACUGGGUUUAUUCUAUUGGCGAUUCUUGGUAGGCUAACGUGCGCCGAUGAGCUCUCUAGGGUUUCCAAUCCUGUCUGCCCUACAAAGUCGAUCAAAGCUUCGAUCCUUGGAAUUGGUGAUUCCAUCUGUCCAUCAAGUGGAAUCGGUUGUUCCAUCGGUGUUAUUGAGGGAGAUGACACAUCGAUACAAAAGGCAUUGAGUAUGAUUGACGCAAAUACCCAUAAUUACAUAGUGGUACUUUUCUAUGCAUCAUGGUGCCCAUUCUCCACAAUCUUUAAACCAAGUUUAUCAUUGAUGUCUUCAUUCUAUCCUUCCAUCCCUCAUUUUGCAAUCGAAGAAUCCCGCGUAAAGCCGAGUUUACUUUCGAAAUAUGGAGUUAAUGGGUUUCCUACAUUAUUUAUUCUAAACUCGACAAUGCGUGUGCGUUAUCAUGGCCCACGGACUUUGGGUUCUCUUAUGACUUUCUACACGGAUGUUACAGGUGUUGAAGCGGAAUCAAUGGAUAAAAAAUCUCUAGACAAAAUGGAUACAUUUGUGCACAAUAAAAGUAACAACAGCAGUGAGCCGGAAUUCUGCCCGUUUUCAUGGGCAAAGUCGCCGGAAAAUUUACUCCGGCAAGAGACAUAUCUAUUUCUGGCGACUGUGUUUGUUGUUUUCCGGUCAGUUUACCUGACCUACCCGUUCAUUGUGACAUCUGCCCGAUAUGCCCGAAGAACACGGUUGUUGAAUAUAUGGAGCUUGUGGGACCACCCGGUUACGUAUUUGAAUCGGGCUAUACAGUUUUUUAGUUCGCUUACAGGUUGUAUGGGUGUUGAUUUCUUUAAUGGAAGGAAGCAUUAGAUUUGGGUUUUUAUAACGUGAUUAAUUUGAUCUUUUUUUAUUAAAAAAUAUAUACCAAAGUUUUGUUCUAAUUCGUGUUUCGAGUAACUUGCUUCGGGUUUAUGUAUUAUAUAUACAGGUUACAACUUACAAGUGUAUGUACUGAUUAAAAAAAUGAGAGAUGCUUUUGUGAAGGAUUUAAUAUUUGUAUUCUGGGGAACAGGUUUAGUUUUAGUUAAAUAUAGUAAAUAUGACAGUUGAAUCUAUAUUAGUGAGAUAAUAAUUUUAAUUUUUUAAUAAAACAAAUUAUAGAAUUUGGUUUUGAC